CAUCAUCAUCAUCCAACUUACCACACACACAUCAAAUCAAAAUACCCAAUCCCACAGCUCACAAACCAUGGCUACCACCAACACAUCGUCUCAUCAUCUCCUCCUGUUCCUGGCAGCAACCUCCUCCAUCAUACUACUAAUCUCUUCACUCUGCCAGCACUCCCACGCCCAGAACGCAGCGCAGGACUACCUAAACGCCCACAACUCUGCUCGGGCACAGGUUGGUGUGGCCAACAUCACUUGGGACGCGACGGUGGCUGCGUACGCACAAAGCUACGCCAACUCCAGGGUAUCAGACUGCAACCUGGUCCACUCCGGGGGCGCUUACGGGGAGAAUCUGGCCAAAGGAAGCAGCUCCACAUUCAGCGGGACUAGCGCCGUGAACCUUUGGGUGGCGGAGAUGCCCUACUACGACUACGCUUCCAACGCAUGCACGGGAGGGAAGCAGUGUUUGCAUUAUACUCAGGUGGUUUGGAGGAACUCGGUGAGAUUAGGGUGCGCCAGGGUGCAGUGCGCCAACGGCUGGUGGUUCGUCACUUGCAACUACGAUCCACCGGGCAACUACGUCGGCCAGCGCCCUUACUAGCUCAUCAUCCUAUAUUCAUCUCUCGGCGCGCAGCAACAUUAUUGAAGUAUGCUACACUAUAAUUAUGUGAUUAAUCAUUGAUCUCACCCAACCCUUAAGUAAUAUUAUGUAUGCUAUAGACGUACACCUUAAUACUAAUAUGUUGUAAUACAUAAACGAUAUAACAUCAUAAUGCAUGGUAUCGUAACUAUAUAUAGUUUCAAACAAUAUUGUAUUUUGAUUUUGUUUCCCAUGGGAUAUACGGGAAUGGUUGUAAUGAGUUGCUCCAUCAUGGAGGGUUUAUAAUAAAUCUAUUACGGUUAC